CUUCAAACCCACCACAACCUUGAACCCAACCCCCCUCUCACAGCUCUCUCACAGUUCUCUUACAACACAAUGCCUCCCCGCCGCAUAGAACAAGACGAAAUCGAAAAGUACUGGGAAAUCUUCAGCUCGCUGUCUAACGGCUCAACACAUCUCGAUGGUGCGCAGGCAGCUCCAGUCCUCAAGAACAGCCACCUGAGAGAUGAUCAGUUAGAGAGGGUCUGGGAUCUAGCAGAUGUGGAUGGCGACGGCAAGUUGGACUUUGAGGAGUUUUGUGUGGCCAUGCGGUUGAUUUUUGACCUGAUAAAUGGGGAAUCCUCCGACGUCCCCGCCUCCCUCCCCGACUGGCUGGUCCCCGAAUCCAAAGCCCAUUUGGUGCAGGCCAAUCGCGCCCUCAGCGGAAGCCAACCCCAGUUCGAGCAAAUCGAAGACGAAGACGAUACGCCCGGCCUCCGUGACGGCUUCGACUGGUACAUGUCCCCCGGCGACAAAAACAAAUACGAAGAAAUCUACACAGCGAACCGCGACGGCCACGGCAAUAUCUCGUUCAACGCUCUGGACGGGCUCUUCGUUUCCCUCGACAACGUCCCCGACUCCGAUAUCCGCUUCGCAUGGAACCUCGUGAACCCAAAGGCUGGCGAAUCAGUCGGUAAGGAUGCUUGUCUCGCCUUCCUACACAUCCUCAACCAGCGAAGCGAGGGGUUUCGCGUCCCAAGAAGCGUGCCCCCUAGUUUGCGCGCUACCUUCGAGAAAGCGCAUAUCGACUACGAUGUCGAGCGCACGGGUAGCCGAUGGGCCGAACGCGGAGAUGAAAACACGGCAACAGGUCGGAAGGCGAAAUUUGGGGAUGCAUAUCUCACGCGUCUGGGCGUGGGGGACCGAGCGGCGAAUUACGGAACCAGGACCAAAGGCACGGAUUUUGGCGGCCGCACGACAGAGGAUUGGGAGGAGGUGCGGUUGAAGAAACAACUUAAGGAGUUGGAGGAGAAGAUUGAGCGCGUGGAGAAGGAGGCGGAGGGUAGGAGGCAUGGAAGGAGGGUGGAUGCGAAACCGGCGCUUGUGAAGAGGGAGUUGGAGAUGCUGCUAGAUUAUAAGAGGAGGAUGUUGCGGGAUAUCGAGAGUGGGGAUGGGGGUGCGGUGAAGGGCUUAGGCGGGAUUCGGGACGAGAUUGAGACGGUUAAAGAGCAGGUUGAGGGCUUGCGGGGACAUUUGGAUCGGAGGCAGGAGGUUUUGGCGGAUUUGAGAAGGGCAAUUGAUGAAGAGAAGGUUGGGAGGUGAGGUAAGGUGAGGGGUCUGGGUUUGGGGAGCAGGCGCUGGCCUUUGUGUGCCAAUAGAG